AGUUUAAUUAUAUAGGUUAGUCAGGUAUCCACGUGCUCCUGGGGACUACCAUCUCUUCUUCAAUGCCAUUUUUCUUUUCUUUUGCAAUUUUCCCUCGCCGCCUCCUUUCACCACUAUUUCUCCAUUCUCCACUGGAAUCAACUCUUCUUGUUCUACUAGCUCCCACGCUUAUAUGAAUCAAGAAAAUACAACAGAGGGCGUGUUGAGUUUAUUGGUUUCUGGGAUUUGUGUAAAAGCUAUCAUUUUACCUGUUUGUUUGUUUGUUUGUUUGUUUUGUAGUGUGUAGAAAUGGUGAUGGAAGGGAUUCAAGAAGACAUGGGUGAAGGCAAUAUGCUGUGUACAAACCAUCCAUACAAGAAUACUACUCCGGGAGGGAUCUGUGCUUUUUGCCUUCAAGAAAAGCUUGGGAAGCUGGUUUCUUCUUCUUUUCCCUCAGCCAUUUUCCCUUCUUCUUCAUCUUCCUCGACCCCUUCUUUUAGAUCUGAUUUUGGGGGCCCAAACAACAUCGGUUCUUCUUCUUCCUCUUCUUCUACUACUCUGCCCGUGAAAAGCAUCAGCAAGAAAGGCAAUGAGUAUCAGUUUGACUCUAUCAGGAAGUCAAGAAUGCCCUUUCUGCUGACCCAGAGGAGGAAGAAGAAAAGCAAUGGUGGUGGGGUGGUUUCAGGUUCAGACUCCACUGCUGCUGUGUUCAAGAGAAGCAAGUCCACUGCUACCCCUAGAAACAGGCUAAACUUGUUGGAAGUUGAAAGGAAUGGAGGAGAAUACAGCCCUCACAAGAGGGGUUUCUGGUCUUUUCUCUACUUGCCUUCCAAGAAAAGUGGUAAUAAUAAUAAUAAAGACUCCACCUUUGCAUCAUCAUCAUCUUCAUCUGUGAAUGGGUCAAUGAGGGGGGCAUCAAGGGAGAAGAAAAGGGAAGAGUUUGUGGCGGUGGAGGAGAAUGAUGAGAGCCCUGAUGAUCAAGCUUCUUCAUUUGAUAGGAAGGUGUCAAGAUCCAGAUCUGUGGGCUGUGGAAGCAGGAGCUUCUCAGGGGACUUCUUUGAGAGAAUCUCAACUGGUUUUGGUGACUGCACUCUAAGGAGAGUUGAGUCCCAGAGAGAGGGGAAGCCCAAAGUUCAUCAUAGAACCAGUGGGGCCUCAGGCCAAGAUUGCAUCAAGGAAAGAGUGAGAUGUGGUGGGAUUUUCAGUGGCUUCAUGAUUACAUCAUCUUCAUCUUCUUCCUCUUCAUCAUCUUAUUGGGUUUCUUCUGAAGAAAAUGUGAAUGGGAAUGGAAAGCCAGUGGGGCAUCAUCAGCAGCUUGCCCAUGGGAGAAGUAGGAGUUGGGGUUGGGCAUUUGCUAGUCCUAUGAGAGCUUUUACAAAGACAUCAAGUGGGAAGAGAGAAGCUUCUUCAAACAAGAACACAACUCCUAACUUGGCUGCCAUUCCUUCCUUGUUAACUGCCAGGGGCUAGGUGAACUACAUAUGGAGUAAAUUAGCUAAUACUACCUACUAUAAACACAUUUAGUUUUCUAGUCUAAACUAUGUUUCUUGUCUUGUCCAUGUUAAUCUGUGUGUGUUUAUUGACCUCUCAUCUCUUUCCUAGUAAAAGUUUAUGUUAAUGUUGGUGACAUUUUAUUUGGUUCUAGUAGUAGUAGUAUGUUGUUGCUUUGGAUUUGGAUUUGGAUUUCGUUGACAUAUGGUUCUUGGAUUCAUGUAAGUGGAGGAGCUUUUGAUGAAACACCCAAAUCAUGAGUGAUGUCUCCUUUGAUCUUUUUGUUAGGCAGGACAAUCCAAUUAUCAAAUCAUGUAAUUUGCUUAUAUGAAAGAUUGUUAUUAUGUCACUAUGAUGAUAUAUUAUCAUGGCUUAUAUUUUGCCCA